AUGGCUUAUAGAGGCAGAGGAAGAGGAAGAGGAGGGUUUAGAGGCAGAGGCGGUGGCGGUGGCAGUGAUUAUUCUGCGCCAGAACCUUUUGUGACUUUCCCUGAAAUUGAGUUGCCUGAUCCGAAAUCUAUCUCAACGGACAAGGAAUUGCUUAUGAGCUACUCUAAAUUCCAGAGUUUCUGGAGAAAUUCGGAUUAUCAUCUAGGCGAUGGUGUUUCAAAGCAAAAGAAAGAGAGUUUGGACAUUGAGAGGUUUUCAGACUCGUUGAAGCCGAAGAAGAAGGCUAACAAGACUGGCUCUUUCUAUGACUUUCUUGUUCUUCGACCUGAUAACUUCCCUAGAGAGCUUCUUGGAGAAACUCGAAGAGAACGGCCUGUGAAGAGAGCUAAAUGGACUCGAGACGCAGAUUUGCAGAAAUUGGACCUGUUUGAGAAGCUUGAAGCAAAAUAUAAGGCUGCAGGCAAAGAAGAUAAUUCAGAAGGAGAAGAUGAUGAAGAAAAAGAAAAGGAGAAAGAAAAAGGAAAAGAAGAGGAUGAAGAAGAUGAUGAUGGAGAGGAGAAGGAAUCAGAAGUAUCUGAUUAUGAAGAUAACGAUGAUUAUGAGCAGAAUCGAGACUUUGAUGAUGAUGAUGACGAUUAUAACCAGGCGGAAGAUGGUGAUAAUGAACCAAUGUAUUAA